GGUGUUGCAGGCUGUGUGCAGUGGGGGAGGUGCCAGAGCUGAUCAAGCAGUGUAAUUUUAUACAUUACUGAAUCAGUGCAGGAGAAACCUGGAGGGACAAAGCAUCAUCUUCUCUUUGAACUGCACUGUAAAAUCCGACAGCUCUCUUAGCCCAGCCAUGCUCUGAUACGUUUUUCCUCUCCUUUUUUCCCCUGAUUUUGGUGUGAAUGAUAAAGUGAUCUGAUGAUGGCUCUCGUUAUGGAACCUAUUAGCAAGUGGACGCCCAAGCAAGUAGUGGAUUGGAUGAAAGGCCUGGAUGAUUGCCUCCAACAAUACAUCAAAAAUUUCGAGAGGGAGAAGAUCAAUGGGGAGCAGCUGCUGCACAUCACCCACCAGGAGCUGGAGGAGCUGGGAGUCACUCGCAUUGGCCACCAGGAGCUGAUCCUGGAAGCAGUUGAUCUGCUCUGUGCUUUGAAUUAUGGGUUGGAGACUGAAAACCUGAGGACUCUGUCUCACAAGCUGAAUGCCUCAGCCAAGAACCUGCAGAACUUUAUCACGGGUAGGAGGAGGAGUGGCCACUACGACGGCAGAGCCUCCAGGCGGCUGCCAAACGAUUUCCUUACCUCUGUCGUUGACCUGAUUGGUGCUGCCAAGAACUUGCUCGCCUGGCUGGACAGGUCUCCGUUUGUCAGCGUGACAGAAUAUUCACUGCUGAAAAACAACAUUGUCCAACUGUGCCUGGAACUCACAACCAUUGUGCAACAGGAUUGUACAGUGUAUGAAACAGAAAAUAAAAUUCUUCAUGUGUGUAAAACCUUGUCUGGGAUUUGUGACCACAUCAUUUCUCUCUCAUCUGAUUCUCUGGUGUCACAGUCAGCACAUCUUGAGGUGGUUCAUCUCACCAGCAUCAUGCCCAGUGAGGGGCUGGGAAUGUAUAUCAAAUCAACAUAUGAUGGACUCCAUGUCAUCACAGGAACAACUGAAAAUUCUCCUGCUGACCAGUGUAAGAAAAUCCACGCUGGUGAUGAGGUGAUCCAGGUCAAUCAUCAAACUGUGGUUGGCUGGCAGUUAAAGAACCUGGUAAAUGCAUUGUGGGAAGACCCAAAUGGAGUGAUUCUAACCCUGAAAAAACGUCCUCAGAACACCCUGGUCUCUGCUCCUGCCCUUCUGAAGAACGUCAGGUGGAAGCCUCUUGCACUGCAGCCUGUGAUUCCAACCAGCCCAACAAGCAGCUCCACAACACCCACGAGCACGAUGGGCAUGUCCUCAAAGAUGGACAACUCGGCGCUCCAGGAUGUUUUCAUUCUGUCUCCUAUGUCAGGACUUUAUGGCCCCAGGGAUGAAGUUGGAAUAAUGUCUUGUGACGACAUCAGCAAAUUUGGGAAGUCUGGGAUGAAAGGCUCUGAAUCUCCAAACUAUUUCCUGGAGCACGAAAGUGGGAAAUACUACACGUUGAUUGAAGGUGAAGGCCCCCCUGGGGGCUCUGAGUACGAGAGGAGCAGAGCUGCAGGAGUGAGGAGAAGGGAGAAAACCCCCACCCAUGGAGAUUUAAGGCCCGUUUCGAUGCCCACUGAGUACAGCUGGAUAGGGGAGUCCAAAGAACAGAACAUGUACAAGAGGGGGAGCAGAGACUCUGAGAAUUCCCUGCUGCGGUACCUGAGUGACGACAAGAUCCUGGUGAUCCAAGAGGAGCCUUUGACACAGAAGGACAACAAAAGGGACACGGGGAGGAGGUCAAGGAAAAAGGGCAAACCCCCAGGCAAUCCCAGCUACCCCCUGAGCCCCUCUGUGCUCACACCCACCGUGAACGUCCGGCUGGAGCCCGCACAGCAGGACAUCCUCAACUUCUCCCUGGCAGAGAACAACACAGUCCCACUUUAUCAUAGAGCAGGGGACACAGUCACUGGAGAUACCGAAAGAUAUGCAAGUUCUGCCAUUGACCAUCCAGGAAGCACAUCCAUGAGGAAGUCAUUCCAUUACGCUUCCCUCAGGGUAAAGAGCAGGAAAUGGUCAAAAGGGAGUUCCCUGUCCAGCGUGAGCAGGAGACGCAUCUCCUGCAAGGACCUGGGGCACGGCGACUGCGAGGGCUGGCUCUGGAAGAAAAAGGAUGCCAAAGGUUACUUCACCCAGAAAUGGAAAAAGUACUGGUUUAUUCUGAAGGAUUCCUCCUUGUACUGGUACACAAACCAGAAUGAUGAGAAAGCAGAAGGAUUCAUCAGCUUACCCGAGUUCAGGAUAGACAGAGCAAUUGAGUGCAGACGAAAACAUGCCUUCAAAGCAUGUCACCCCAAAAUAAAGAGCUUCUACUUCGCAACCGACUGCCUUGAAGAAAUGAACAGAUGGAUGAACCGUUUGGGUCUUGCAGCAAUUGGUUACACACCUGAUGACAAGGACAUUCAUCCAGAUGAAGCAGAUUACUGGAGCGAGAGCGACCAGGACGACAUCGACGGCUCACUCACCCUGAAGCAGGAGGGCUCCUCCACACUGUGUGACACCUACCAUCGAACACCCUCAGUGAAUUCCUCCAGCCCAUUCCCCGAAGCCAAACAAGGCCGACACUUUUCAAGCGAGUCAACGUAUUCCCAGUCGUCUGCCGAGGAUUCCCGGCAGGAUGCAGGCGGCAGCACCCACUCCUCGGGCUGCAGACCCCCCUACCGAGAGCGGCGCUCGUGGCAGGACCUCAUCGAGACCCCCUUAACCAGUUCAGGGCUGCACUUCCUGCAGACUGUUCCUCCCGAAGCCGAGUACUCGAGCGGCCGGCCCGGAAUGUCCCCGGACAAGCGGAGACAAGCCACGCUGCCCGUCCAGAGGAGACACAACUUCGAGCAGGACGGGCCUUUCCCUCUGGUGGAGUGUCCCAGGGGACACAGCUCCCAUGGCAGGCCCCAGAAACAGCGCAGCCAGAGCCUCCCCCGGAACAGAGACGUCAGGGGCAAGGGCCGGGGAAAGUCCAUUGAAGGGAUGGAUGACAGUCUGGAAGAGAAAGUUCCCAUUAGGAGGCACAACAGUUUCUGUGCAGAAGAAAACAUGAAAGAGAUUGAAGAAAUCACAGAUGGUCUGCAGGAGCUGUACAAAACCCUGGAAGAAGCCAGUCUGUCAGCUUUUGGGGAGCAGCGUCCUUCCACCAAGCAGGAGUUCCGCAAGUCCUUCGUGAAGCGAUGCAACGACCCCGUUAUCAAUGAAAAGCUUCACCACAUCAGAGUUCUCAAGAGCACUUUAAAAGCGAAGGAAGGAGACCUCACAGUUAUCAACAGCCUUCUGGACGAUCCCAACUUAACAUCAAAGAAGUUCAAAGAUUGGAAACUAAAGAACUACGAGUUUUUCCUGGACAUUUGUGAGUACAGUGCUGCUGGGAAAUCCCAAAACGGAGCCUCUGAACUGGGAAGCUCAGCCCCAAUGCUGACACACACACACUCCUUCAUCGAGACCCACGUGUGACAGGACUCAGCCUGAGCAGCUGCUGGGUGCCCUGAACACCGAGUCAAACACUGGCAUAUUUAUUGGUAACACACUCAGCAGUACUGUAAAUACUUGGGUAAGAGAAUAGUGCCACAGGAUGCCUCCUACAUUGCAUGAGAAGACAAUACUCUUUUAAAUGGAUUUUUUUUUUGUUUGCUAUUAUCAACCAAUGUCCGUAUCAAGCUCUGCAUUAGGAAGAAGUGGUGCAGAAGUGUAACUGAAAAUCAAUACCAGUAUAUUUAAAGUACUGUACUAAAAUUAAGCUUAUAGUAUGAGCUCCUACAAUCAUUUUAUAUAUUUAGAUAUAUAUAAACACAUAUCUAUGUAUAUAAAAUGUAACACAUGGUAGUUGACAUUUCCUUUUAAAAUGCCCUACAGUUCACAUUUUCACACACUUUUCCUUGAGGAAAAAAAAAUAUAUAAAAAUGAAGGCAUAAAUCCAUUGGCCGCUGACCGUUUAUUUUUGCGACAUUUCCAGGUAGUGACCAUCUUUGCAAAUAAAAGGACAGAGUUAUCAAAAUGUAAACUCAAUCCCUAUAGUGUGCCUUAAAAUGUACACUGUACAUCAAACAAAUAGACCCCAGUCUAGCCCUAUGGGCACUCUGUACAUGCCAUUAGAUACUGUGUUUGUAACAUGCUGUGCCUGCCUUCCCAGGGAGGGAACAGGAGCAAGCAGGUGAGGCACAGAGGUGGAACAAUGUUGGUUGUUCACUAAUGCUGCAAUUUCAACUGGUUUUAAUAGAAUCUGAAGUAUUUCAUGGUGAAAGAAGAAACCAUCUGCUCUGAGUAAGGUACCUACUGCAGGUUUUCAUCCUUUCUUCACUGUGAAUUUAAGUGACACAUGACUGUGAGUCACAAAAUUCAAAAGGAGAAUGAGAAGGAAGUUUAAAAAUCUCCUGAGCUACUCAAUUCCAUUCUGUGACAUCUAUAGCUGAGUAAAUUAUUCAAAGUUAUGUAAUGUCUGGCAAUAAUUUUUACCUGGUAGCAGUACUUUUAGCACGUGGGUGAAGUGAUUCAAAGCAUCAUUUGAAAACCAAUCUGUAUGGAUUGGUUUGGGAAGACACACAAGUCACAGGGGGUAUUUCACUUCCUUGCCUGGGUGAAGAACUGUUUCUAAGAAUCAGAUUUUGGGGAAAAUACUUGUAUUCUUGGGGGGAAAAAAAAAUUGUUCUGAAUGCUACUGAACAUGAAGUUCAAACACAUUCACAGUUUUCUUUGACUCUGCUUGCCAGAAUAUUUCUGAAAGGCAGAAGGAAGGGGAUGUGAACAAAACUGAUGUAAUUUCACUGAAACAUAGACAUUCACUGAGAAUUUUUGCUCAAGAUAACCAUAGUUGUCUCCCAUACAUCAAGGUGUAUAAAUCCAUGCCAUUCAAUAUAAUGUUGAACUUAGUUUAAAAUGUUAUCUCAGUGAUGUCCCAGAUUCCAGGAAGAGAUUUAAUGGUUUAAAGGUGAAGGUGUCCUCUGUGUUUAGCUCUGUCUCCACAGAGCAGCUGAUGGGGGGUGACCUUGGCUGGCCACCUGCCCUCACUCCCCCUCCUCAACAGGGCAGGGGGAGAAAAUGUCAUGGAAAAGCUCCUGGGUUGAGAGAAAGACAAGGAGAUCACCUAUUAAUGGUUAUCAUGGGCAAAACAACCCUGACUUGGGGAAAAUUCAUUUACUGACAGUUUCAAAUACAGUUGCAUUGUGAGAAAAAAAAAGACAAAAACACCUUUCCCUUGCCUCCUCCCUUCCUUCCAGGCUCAAUUUCAUCCCUUCAUUCCCAGCAAGCAACUGGAUAAAUUAUAGAUUCUAUUUAGAAACCAAUUCAUACUUUCAUGCAAGCACUGAUGGAUGCUCACAGAAUUAGGUAAAUAGAUGGAACUUUCAAUAUUCCUGAAGAAAAUUAAAUAUGCCUUUUGUUUCAAACCCAAAAGAUGGUUUAUGUUUUC